GCUACUCAGAAGCUCAGUACAAUUAGGGACAGCACAUUACCGUGGCUGCUCACCAGUUAGAGAAAUCUGUAGCUAACUUAUAAACCUUGUAUUAGUGGACAGACUAAAGGAACACCAUCUAUUAUAAAAACAGAGUGGUUGUCAUGUUGGGAGAAGCCUUCAUCAGAGUCUUCAGGUACAGGGAAGAGGAUUGUGACCCCCAUUCCACAAAGGCUCAGGAAUGUCCACCACAUCCUGCCCCCAAUAUAAUUCUGACCCCAGGUUCAAUGUCAGGAAACAUGGAAGGUCUGGUGCAGUCUGAUCCUAGAGUGACAACCAGGCUCAGUGAUGCCCUCACCAUCCCCAAUAGCCACUGUGAUGACUAUGGUGACCUGGAGCUCUAUCGCUCCUGGUGCUGCACCACCUUCUGCAAAGACUACCCCGACCUGCAGCUCAGAGGGGACCAUGUGGGAAACAGGAGCUCAGAGAGCCCGCGGCUGGAGAAUGAGGGGUUCGAAGGACCACUUCUUCAAUCUCAGGACCUGGGAGAGCUGGAGGCCUUGGAACCUACAGGGCCUGUGGAGCCUAGGGUGCAGGUGGAGUCCCAGCCCCUGCAGGAUGAGGGUUGCCUGGUCAUGGACAGCAGCAUCAUCACCCUGAACAGGGAGCCUCUAUCCAAUUCCAUGCUGAACGGCUAUCUGGAGAGUAAGCUGCUGGAGGUGUACAGCCAGCACAUGCAGGACAGCCUGGCCCGGGGCAGCUCUCCCCUGGUCCAGACACCUCCCCAGGGCCUGAUACCAGCCCCAGUAAUGCAGCUCAGCCUGUAUCUCUGUCAGGACCACGGACUGGACUCCAGUACGGCCCAGAGCAUCGUCAUCCACUACCUUAGCACCUACACCGUGGCUAGCUCCCACUUCAGCUCCCCCAACCUGCGCAUCUCCAAUCCUGAGCCUAGAAGAAAGCCCACCUGACUGAAACCAGCAGUAGUUUCACUUUGUCCUCCAACUAACAUACUUAACAAUGGUCUACAGUUUUAGUUUAGUUUUCUCUGUACUGAAUCUGUAUACUUGGUGGUCAGUUGUAUUGCAUUCGGUUCAAUAGGUCAAAUUGAUAGUUUGGGA